AUGGAGUAUGCCAGAGCCGAGUGUUCUACAGCGGCAAGAAGUACCGUAGGUUGUGGCGAAGCCAGUGCGAAAGUGGCUGUGUGGAGAGUAAAAUUAUCAAAAAUGGAUGAAAAGGACAUCCAGCGUCGUAAAGUUGAUUCCUCCCUCAAAUGUGAGAUAUGGAUGCUAAGCAGGGUGCGAAAUUACCUCGAAGAUCAACUCUUGGGAUUUGCUUUGGUGCCUCUGUCUGAAGUCUUCCUUAACAACGGGAAGUUAGAGAAGGAGUUUUCUCUCUCCUCAACUGACCUCUUCCACUCUCCAGCUGGUUAUGUUCAGUUAGCCCUCUUGUAUGCCGGAGCUUCACCAGAAGUGAUUCCAAUUCCUGCAUCAUCCUCAUCUGUGGCCGCAGAUGCAGCUGUGCAGGACAUGAAAUCAACAGAAUCUUGUCCGAGUGACUUUGACAAAAUUGAGUUCCCAGAUCCUAAUGUAGUGAAUGAGAAUCAUCAGAUGGUUUCCGAGUAUUUUGGGAUCCCAAAUACUGAUAUGGACGACUCCCAUGGUUCAGACAGUCUGGUCAAGUCUGGAAAUGAAAAUAACAUAACAUCAGAGGUAGGUGUUCAACUUGAAGAAGGCUUCUCAACAGACACCAUCACCUUGACACCAUUCCCAAAGCAUGAUUCUCCUCUGGGCUGUGUAUCAAUGAACGGAACUCCAUCUGCUUCACUUCAUUUGAGCUCGCAGUCUUCUGAGACUCCUGGAGACUCAAAAUUUCCCAAUGAAGAAUAUGUGUCACCUCCUAAAGAUAAUCGGAAGGAGAAAAGUUCUGGUGUUGGAGAAGCUGAGAGUAAUGCGUCAGGGGGGCUACCAAAUGAUACAUUCGCAAAGCCCGUUGUCACCAUAAACAUUGAACCAGAGCCGAAGGUGGUGCAGCAGGACUUUGUGGAUAUGUACAUGAAGAGCAUGCAGCAAUUUACUGAGUCUCUGGCCAAGAUGAAGCUUCCAGGAGACUUUGAAAACCAGCCAACCAGCUCUGGCAAUUCGAGUUCGGACCAGAAAACACCAACAUCUAAUAACUCUGGCUCUCGAGUAUUUUAUGGGAGUAGAGCUUUCUUCUGAGCUUUCAUUUGAUGUUCCAGAGUGCACAGGUGAUAUAAUGAUCCUAAUCAAGACUGAUGCAUUUAGUAAACAUUAUGUGCAUGAUUGGUACGGUAGUUGACUGGUGCAUGUUUGGUGCAAUAUUAGAUGGUAGUUCAACAAUACAAUGAAUAAGAUUUUAAUUUCUUGUUACCAUCUAAUAUUAUGCAAUCAACCUUACCAAACAUGCCAUAAGUGUAUUGCAUAGGUCACAGUUAUUGUAUGUUGGGAUGCUUUAGAUGAUGAUUAAUGACAUUGUCUCUUAUGGAAAUAAGUUUUUUUGUCUGAGUUGGUCAUGUUAUAUCUUUGAGAUGGUUGUCCUC